GAUUAUUGUACAUUUUGACAGGAGGCGUCAAUGCACUACAAAAGGAACCGCAGAAACCCACGAUCACUGUGGAAACGAAGACUCAGGAAGUCAGCAUCGGGGGCUCUGCCAUGCUGGAACUCAAAGUUGAGGGAUCACCAAAACCAGAGAUUGCAUGGACAAAGGACGGGCAGGACAUCAAGGCGGGCGGGCGCGUGCGCUUCCUGUACGAGGAUGACGAGAGCAUGUCCAUGAUCAUCAAGGGGGUGACUCCAGAGGACGCCGGCACCUACACCGUCACGGCCUGGAACGACAUGGGCGAGGACUUCGCCGAGGUCACGCUCAACGUGAAGGCACCGCCCAAGUUCAAGACAAAGAUGAAGGACCAGGCCUGCAUGACAGACGACACCCUGAGGGUGACGGUUGAGGUCGAGGGCACACCUGCCCCGGAGCUGUCUUGGUACAAGGACGGCCAGGAGAUCUCGUCCACCGACGAGCGCUUCCACAUCGUGAAGGAGACCAGCGAGACGUAUGUCUUGGUGAUCGAGAAGGUGCGCCUCGACGACUCGGGCUCGUACUCGGUGGUCGCCCGCAACGAGGUCAGCCAGACGUCCGAGUUCUACAAGGUGGCCGUCCAGUCGCCGCCCUUCUUCACACAGAAGAUCGCCCCCCGCAAGAUUGAGGUGCGCGAAGGGGACUUCACCACCUUCACCGUCAAGGUCGACGGCGACCCCAAGCCCAGAGUCCGGUGGUUCAAGGAUGACGAGGAGCUGCUGAACGACGACCGUCACAUCAAGAUCGAGAGCGACCGGGACGGGGAGACGCACACCCUGACCAUCCGCGGCAUCAACCGCGACGACAUGGGCAAGUACACGUGCGAGCUGGACAACCGCAACGGGCGGGUGAGCGACAGCACCACGAUGCACGUGCACUGCGUGCCGCUCGUCAAGCAGAAGCUCAAGGACAUCGUGUCCAAGGAGGGCGAGCUCAACAUCGUCUUCGAAGUCACCAUCGAGGCCUUCCCACAGCCCGAAAUCAAGUGGUUCCAGGACGAGCUUUGUAACCAGCACGGGCAGUCGUGUAUUAGCAAAGGUGUCGAGGUGACGGAGCGCAAGACGUUGCUUACGCGGACUGUAGACGAGCAGCACAUCUACCUGAAGACGUACAAGCUGACCAUGAAGGAGGUGAAGGUGGAACAGGCAGGAGUGUACACCUGCAAGGCCACGAACACCAUGGGCGAAACAGAGAGCAGCUCUGAAUUCAAGGUUUUAUAUGUACCCAAGAUCACAAAGAAGUUGGAGGAUGUGAACCUUGAUGAAGGCGAAACUAUUAGUCUAAACAUUGAAGCUAAUGGAGUCCCAGUGCCAGACGUCCAAUGGUAUAAGGAUGGUCAAAAACUGUCAGCACAGGCCAAUGCCAACAUUAAGAUAACCCGUGACAAGACCAGACAGGAAAGUUACAGCAUGACACUAGACUUAUGCAAGUACCAGGACACUGGCGAGUAUGAGUGUCGUGUGUCCAACGAACAGGGCACCACAUCCACCAAGUGUAAAGUUGUUGUGAACGCGCUGGACAGCACGGGUAAGCGCCCCAUCGGCGACCAGUACCAGGACUUCAAGAAGGUGAAGACGAGCGGCGUGCCGCUGCCGCUGCCCAACGCGCCCAUCAUCAGCAGGAUGACGGACAGGCGCCUGACGCUGUCCUGGAGGCCCAGCAUCCCCAUCGGGCCCCGGACCCCCGUCACGUACCAGGUCGAGAUGUGCGAGCUGCCGGACGGCGAGUGGACCACGGUGCGCACCGGCAUCCGGUCGUGCGCGUGCGACGUGCACAACCUCGAGCCCUUCCGCAACUACAAGUUCCGCAUCCGCGUCGAGAACAAGUACGGCAUCAGCGACCCCUCGCCGUACGCCGUCACGCACCGCGAGAAGCUGGAGCCGCCGCCGCCGCGCUUCUUCCCCUACCUGGAGCCCGGCAUCGACUUCCGCCCCGAGACCUCGCCGUACUUCCCCAAGGACUUCGACAUCGAGCGGCCCCCGCACGAUGGCUACGCACAGGCACCGAGGUUCCUGCGCCAGGAGCACGACACGCAGUACGGCGUGAAGAACCACAACUGCAACCUGUUCUGGUUCGUGUACGGCUACCCCAAGCCCGUCAUGAAGUACUACUUCAACGACGAGCUGAUCGAGUCCGGCGGCCGCUUCGACCAGAGCUACACGCGCAACGGCCAGGCCACGCUCUUCAUAAACAAGAUGCUCGAGCGCGACGUGGGCGUGUACGAGGCGGUGGCGACCAACGAGCACGGCGAGGCGCGGCAGCGCGUCCGCCUGGAGAUCGCCGAGUACCCCGUGUUCAUCAAGCGGCCCGAGGAGACCACCAUGAUGCUGCGCAAGGGCACGCGCCUCGAGGCGCGCGUCAUCGGCGUCCCCUACCCGGACAUCAAGUGGUUCAAGGACUGGAUGCCCAUCUUCUCGUCGGAGCGCGUCAAGGUCUCGUUCGUCGAGCCGGACACGUGCCACCUGCACAUCUCGGACGCCAUCAACAAGGACGAGGGCCUGUACUCCAUCACGGCCUCCAACGUGGCGGGCUCGGUGAGCACGUCCGUCAUGGUGCACGUCGAGGAGGACGAGCGCCGCUACUGGGACCAGACGUACAUGCGGCCCAAGCCGGUGCGCGCGCACAAGGAGGUGCCGCUGGCCGAGGCCUACGACCUGGGCGACGAGCUCGGCCGCGGCACGCAGGGCGUCACGUACCACGCCGUCGAGAGGAGCACGG